AUGCCGCGGGGUCCCUCGCUCGAAUACAGUGCCCGCCCGAUCCCUCGCCGGCGCCGCAGCCACCCUUUCAGCACUGCCGCAACCCGACCGGACGGUGCGCCUGCAGAUCAACAGUCCGAGAGCUCGCACGCUACGAAAUGCGCCGCCGAUCAGGAUGCUGAACAGCAUCAGGGGGCCAUGUCCCGCAGACUGGCUGAGAUGGCGGAGGAGACGAUCGACACGGGCAGCAAGAGUGAUCGCAGGCUGAUGCAAGAUGCCGGCUUUUCAGAAGAGUUGAAGCAGCAAUUGGAAGGAAGGAUUGCGCAGACGAGCUUUGCGGCGCAGAAUCAACGGGCCGCGAGCCAAGUCAACAUGCCUAACGCCGCAGGCAAGGGCACGCGCGACAUCGCGGGCGCAGAGCCCUGGAGAGGCACCGAAGCGCUCCAGGACUCGGUGCUACGCAUGCUGGACGACAGCCACAGGAAACUACGCCCUCCCUCCCGGGCGCCGUCGAUCCCUCCAAAAGCCAACCUGCGUCCUGCACCCAAGAAGAAUAUCUCGGCGGCUGACCGGCUUGCCAGCGCACGGGACAAGACCUCGAUCUACGCAAUCAGCCAGCAAAGUGACAUGACGGACCAAGAGCGCGAGAAAUGGCGCAAGGAGCUCAAAGACCGCUUCUCACCUGGGCCCCGGCCAAUGCCUACGAGCAUAACGGGACUGACGAGCCUGGCGAACGAGCGGAUCGAAGACGCCAUCGCCCGGGGCCAGUUCAAAAACAUCAGCCGUGGCAAGGGCAUCAACGUGGAGAGGGACUACAACGCCAACUCACCCUUUUUAGACACGACCGAAUACUUUAUGAACAAGAUCAUCCAGAAGCAGGAGAUCGUCCCGCCUUGGAUCGAGAAGCAGCAGGAGCUGGUCAAGGCCGUGGCGACGUUCCGGAGCCGCUUGCGCAACGACUGGCGCAGGCACGCCGCGAGGGUGAUUUCCAGUCGGGGUGGGACCGUGGACGACCAGGUGCGAACGGCCAAGGGAUAUGCGCUGGCAGAGGAGAGAGUGAAUCCUCGGCCGGCCAGGAGGGUGGAGAAUCUGAGCAGCAUUGCGAGCGAUGGCAGUUUGAUGACGGUGAGUGUCGAGGAAAGGAUCGCCGCUGGAGUGGCCGCUGAGCCCGCCGAGCCAACGCAGCUGCAAGAGGAGGUCGAGAUCAAAGUCACCGAGCAACCCGCCGAGAGUGCUCCGGUCUCGGGCUCCUCGACCACGGAUGCUCCUCCGUCAGCUCCUACGAGUACAAAUGCCACAUCAUCUACACCCCCAUCGUCGUCCCCACCCUCAUCACCAUCCACCUCACCCGUCCUCCCAAUGCCCCACCCCUUCCGCGACGAAGCAUGGGAAAAAGCCGAACUGGCAUACCACACCCUGGCGAUCGCGAACCUGAACGCCCUGACCCGCUCAUACAACCUGAUGGCGCCCAAGAUAGCGCAGAAGCCGUACUACACGCUCGAGCGCGAGCUGAGGCGGUGCUUCGCGGACGUGGCGCCGCAGCUGGCAGACGAGAUCCGCGAGCGCAGCACGCGCCCAGUCAAGAUCCGCGUCCAGAUCUCCCGCCCACGCAACACGGACGGCAGUGGCGGGGGCGUGUUGGAGAGGCUCGGCGCGGACGAGUGGACGGGCCACGAGGGCACGAUCCGCGACGAGAGCGGGGAGAAGAGUUACGGCUUUAAGCAGUUUUGGAGGGAUUUGUUUGGCGGUGGUGGAGGACAGAAGAACACCACGAGGGAGAGGGAGAGGGAGAGGGAGAGGGAGAGGGAGAGGGAGAGGCAUGUCGCGUGA